AGUGUAACGUAGGUUUUCGUUAUGUCAGUGCAAAGACAGUUGUAAAAUAGUGAAUAAAAGUGUAAUUACGUGUAAUAAAUAUCGAAAAAUGAGUGAUAGCACUUUGUAAAUAAUCAGUAGUUUUAAGUUUUCGCGUCGACCGGUCCGGCAUUAGUGCAAAACCGUGUCAGAGUCGUCUCGUAGCUGCGUAGGCUGGGCGAUGACAUUGGCGAUCAAAGUAAUAUUUCUGUGCGAAUUUACCGUGGAUGUGGAGUGUAAUAUCGAAGAUUUUCACGAAAAACUCUAACAACGACGGCGGCGGAGACCUAGUGGUCGCCCACGGCGGCACCUCGCAGCCCCAAGACAUGGACGACACCAAACAGGCCAAGCAGCGGGCGUCGGUGAAAUGGCUGCUUUCGAAGGCCUUCAACAACAAAGUGCCCGAGAAUCUGCGCGAGCCUUUUUACAGGGAUCACGAGAAUCAGGAACGUUUGAAGCCUCAAAUCGUGAGAAUUCUUGCAAACGCCGAAAUCUACUGCAUGGCUUUGGGAAACAUCUACUCGGAUCCGAAUUAUCACAAUUUGAAUCAUUCGGCGAUUCUACAGACGUUGGCCAAGAAAGGGGUUUACGUGUCGGAACCGGCCGAUGCACAAUUAACUGAAACCACCCUCAUACAGACGAAUCCGCUUCGGAUGAGCGCUCAUAUGGCCGUCAUCGAGUCCAUAAUGGUUCUCUAUGCCCGGGAAGUCAUCACCUCGGAUAGGGUUUUCGCGGCCGUUCAACGUUUUAACGACGGAAGACAACUCCAGGUCCCUGAGAAUCACGAACAGGCCGUUUUCGUAUGGAUGUCGCACGCAUGCGACGCUCUUAGAAAAAGGAUCGAACAGGAAACGGAGACGGGGAUGACGAAUGGUGGAGGAUCGGGUGAUAGAAUGAAACCUCCCGACUUGCCCACCGUCCACGAUCUUAAAGAUCUCACAGAUGGCGUUGCGUUAGCUGCACUUAUAUCCUACUAUUGUCCCGAUGAAUUGCCCUGGACGGAUUUGAAAAUCUCCUACGUGCGAAACGUACAAGAUAGCUUGUAUAAUAUCAGUUUAGUGCAGGAUUUUUGCAACAGGUGUCUCCCGGUAUCCAUUUUUCAUAUACAACCAGAGGAUUUUACAUACAUGCGAGAUUCCAUGAGGUAUAAUCUGAUCGUGUUCCUUGCUGAUCUCUUCAACGUGAUUGAAAUCCAUCCCGCCAAGUGCGUGAGAUAUCCAGGAAUGGAUAAAUUUAAUGAGGGUUUUCCCCCACGCAAUGAGCACGGGGUGGCGCAUAAGCGAAACCUACUGCAGACGGUGAUGACACCCAUCCCGGAUCUGCGCAGCGGACUCGAUGAUCCUGCUGCGUCCGCAGCCUUCCAAGUGACGAGAUCAACGCCAACCCACGUGCCACUUCGUAAAACCAAUUCCUUGCAACAGAGCGUCUCGGAAAUGAGCGAAGACAGUCUUCGACGCGGUUCGGAAGAGUCUUUUGUCGUUCAUCGUGGAAAGAACAUCCCGACAUUGCGUUCGGUUGUUCAAGACGAGCCUUUGAUCCCCGGAAGACUAAAAGUCAACAAAGAGAAACAAAACAACGAUAGUAAAGCCGACGAAAGGGGCGAAGUCGCCGCUGGAAAACCAAGCAAUUGGGAGGAGCAUCGCAAGAGUAGUUUCGCCGGUCGCCGAUCACGGAGGAACUCCACUAGCGAUGACUCGCAACUCACCAUUGAGAAUUUCGGCGGAAGUCAGGAUAAUCUCAAUUUCAUUGGACGAAAUCCAGAUAAAGAAAUGGGUGUGCAUACGGGACGCAAAAUCUCGGCCCCUUCAUUCCCGAUUGAGAACCCGGCGGUGCGUUCCUCCCUACAAGACGCUCGAGGUUCCAUCCAAUUAGGUUACGACAACGGCUGUGAAAAACGCGACGAUGAAACGGAAAAAUUCAAACUGAAACGUCAACUCAGUAGCGAUGACAUCUCUCAGAAAUUUAUCAAGGAUGUUGUGGACGCUGAUCUGACCAAUCGGAUGAGUUUCGCUGAGGUGAAUAAACAGCGACCAAUAGGCGCCAUCCAAUUGGUCUACAUGCAACACGACAAGGAGGAUUUUGCGCCGAAGAAGACACCAAACACCACCACCAAUGGCGCUCCUGAGAAAAAAACCUCAUUUGCGACGUUGCCCAACACGACCACGUGGCAACAACAGAGUAGUAAUAAUCAACAAUUGGGUGAUAGUAAUGGCGAAAGUGAGUUGGGUCAUGUGACAGUGAAUGCGGCUCAAUUGAACGAUGUGAGAUUGAAGUUGGAGGAGAAGAGAAGAUUGAUUGAAACGGAGAAAAGGAGAGUUGAGUUGGCGAUGAACAAGCAAAGACAGAAAGUGGGAAAAGCGGCGUUUCUUCAAGCAGUGGCUCGGGGCAGAGGUAAUUUGCUAAAAACACCGACUGACGCUGAGUCUAAUUCAAACUCAGCGACGGGCUCUGAAUCUCAAAGUCCUUCCUCCGAAUCCGCUCCUACAAAACCUCAGAGGCCGUUUACGUUACAGGAAAUCCAAGACGAUGCCACUGCCGUCGAACACAAAUGGCUUGACGAAACGCAACCAUUUUUGGAAACUCGACGAACACCGGAUCUUGAAAAUAUGGAUCUGGAACAGUAUCAACAAUCCAUAGCUCAAAUGAAUUCUAGUCUCGGCGAUAUUCAAUCCGACAUUCAAAGGCUGACUUCCCAACAGAACCAGAUUCAGGCUGCCCAACAGCAGAGUCUCAUCGUACAGCAACAGAAACAGAUCCAACAGCUUCAACAGCAGCAAUAUCAAAGCAUGCAACAACAGCAAUACGUCUACAGUCCACAGAUUUACCAACAACAGUUUGCGCCGCCUCUUCAAUCGUCAGCAAGCGCCCCCCACAUACCCCAAUCUCUCUACCAGCAAUCACAGCCGCAGUUCUUCCUCCACGAUCAAACUCCGCCCCCUGUACCACAAAGAAGGACGUGGGCUCAGCAACCGCAAGAUUUACACCAAACGGAAUUGAGAACGUGGAAUAAGAUGGGUGGUGGGGGGUUUGUGUUGCACGACAAUAGCAAAUACCAAUCCGAGUACCGAUAUAUUGAUAGUCCAAAGUAUCAAAACGGCAACGAUGAGCAUAAUCUCCAUCAUUCGAAUAGCUUCACACUUAGUCAACAACAUCACCAAGCUUAUGGAACUUCACAUAGUACUCCUUCGGCUUCGCCUCAACAUCGAAACAUUCAUCGGCAAAUCUCGCAACUAAUGGACGAAAGUAAACGAUCACCGGUGAGUCUACAACAGAUUGAUCGGAAAUCUAGUGGCGUUACACAUGCACCUAUUCCUGCGCCCUCUGCCGAUGAUAUGGAACCCCAAAAUAUUUCAUUUAUUGGAAAUUCAGAUGAUCAACUCACUGAGGGUUUAAGUAGGUUGAAUAUUACUUCAGGGAGUAGGACGUAUAGAAUACCGUCACCGACGAGGCCACUUAUCACUAGAAAUUCCUUCCAACCGUCACCACCACCUGAAAAAGAACCACCAUUGGCCGAAAUCAGUAGUUUAGAUAGGGAUCCAACAAGUCAGAAAGGUUUUUAUAUACAGUUUGAUAACGAUCAGCCAAAAAGGCCGAAACCGCCCUUAAGAACGAAAAGAAUGUCGCCGAAAAAAGAAAGGAGUUAUGUGGAAACAGUGGAGGAGAAUGAACAGGAUACGAGAGCGGAGGAGGAAAGAGCAAAGAAGGAAGAAGAGGAUAAGAGGAGGCAAAUGUUGAUUGAACAAGAAAGGGAGAAGUUAAAGGCCAGACGUGAAGCUAGUCAAGAAAGUAAAAAAGUCGCGGCCGCGUCAGCGAUUAUCAUUGAAAAUGAUAAAGGCAAUCCGGACCCGGACGCCGCCGAGCGCAUGAAACAGCGCAUAAUGCAGGCCUCGAUGCAGCGCAAAUUGGAACUGGACGAAGCCCGAGCCCGGAAAGAGGCCGAGGCUCAAGCACGUCGCGAACGCGAAAAGGCCAAAGAAGAAGAACGCGCCCGGAAGAAGGAAGAACAAGCCCAAAGACGAGCCGCCAUAUUAGAACAGUAUAAAUUGAAGAAAGCAAUGGAAGAAGCCGAACGCGAAGGUAAAGUGUUUGAUAAGAGCGAGCUGAUGGGUUCGUUGAAACCGACACCCAAGAUGCGACCCAAGGCGGCGUCGAGACCCAGACCCAAGACGAUUCAUAUCGAUAGUGGGUCGGUGGAAAUGGCCGAAGGGAUGAUGCAGCCGAGUCGAGGGAAGAAAGGCUCCACUUCGAAUCUCACAGCUAAUUCAACGAUGAAACGUGAUUAUUAUCGCGGGUCGCAGGAUAGUUUGGCUGAUCGGAGCAUGAGCAGUGGCAUGCUUUACAGAGAUUCGCCCGACGACAGCCGGGGAGUGUCCCCCUGUCACAGCGCCAACCAGACCUUAGGUCGCCGAAGUUCAUACAAAACCAGCAGAGACCCCUCACCUGCCCAGGUCCGUGGCAGACCUAAGUAUUCCAAUUAUCAAAACUUUAAAGGGCGCAAGUCUAGCUCUAUGAUGAACUUGUACGGUUCUAGCACGGACCAGGACAGUUUAGCGUAUCGGUACGGCGAUACCGAUUCGGGUUUGGGUAGGGCUACGCCCCCACGACGUGCCCCCUCGCCAGGAAUGGGCAGUAUGAGGCAUUUGACGUCGCCGUCGGGGCCCGGCAGUCUGCCAGGACUGAUGUCGAAAGGCAGGAGAAUAUUCGAUGAUGGUUCGAGUGAUAUUAGUUCGACGCCGAGCAGUAUGAUGGAUUAUACAGGUCCACGAUUGUACAAACAGCCGGCGACGAAAUCGAAUCGUGGUAUAAUGUUGAAUGCGGUGGAGUAUUGCGUCUUCCCCGGCGUGGUGAACCGCGAAGCGAAGAAACGCGUCCUUGAGGAGAUCAAUCGAUCGGAAAGCAAGCAUUUUUUGAUACUUUUCAGGGACGCAGGCUGUCAAUUUCGAGCUCUCUAUUCGUAUUGUCCCGAUAGAGAGGAAGUGUUCAAGUUGUACGGGACGGGACCCAAGCAAGUCAACGACAGGAUGUUUGAUAAAUUCUUCAAGUACAACUCAGGAGGCAAAUGUUUUUCGCAAGUCCAUACGAAACAUUUGACGGUGACCAUAGAUGCUUUCACGAUUCAUAAUUCGCUUUGGCAAGGCAAAAAGGUUAAUUUACCUAAUAAGAAAGACAUGCCACUUGUCAUUUAAGUCUAGUUCGUUGUUAAUUAGUCAUCUAAUCAUUUAUUAAUUUUUUGUUAACGCUUUAUUAAAUGUUAUUAUUUUUUUUUAUGUCGGUUGGCUACACCAGAAGUGUAUUUUUAGUUCGAUGCAGCGUCUGAGAUAUUAGAUAAAUCACCUUUUUACCAACAUGAUGUAUUAUUGCAAUUUCUCUGUAUUUUUCUUUUUAAGUAUUAUGUGCCUUUUUUGUUUCAAGUCGGCUUUUUCUGUGCCAAUUUGUUGAAUACGACCGCUUUCAUUUCGUUCUAUUUGAAAGUACUAAAACGAGUCCAUGGAAACAACAAUAAAAUUUAUUAUUAGUGUCAUUCCAGUUGUAUUUAUAUUUAAAUAGAUUAGAUGAAAAAAUGCAGGGCUGUUUUUGGUGGACCAACAUUGGUUGUGUUGUCGAUGAUUUCUCACUAAAUUCUUAUUUUAAUAAAAUUCAUCAAUGGUUGAAUCAGUGUUGGAUUCCACCGCAUUUUUUAAGUCACUAAGAAGAAAACUCUUUGCUUGAAAUAUAUUUGUAAAUUGUUUGUUUGUAUGGAAAACACUAGCUUAGAUUUUGUUUUUUAUACAUAGUGUGUUGACUAUCGAUGGAAUCGAUCGUAAAUUUGAUUCAUAUUCAUAUUUUUCCUAUUGUGGAUAUUUCAGUGUAAUUCUUUCGCGUUUUAUAAAAGAAAACGAGACCUUUUUACUACCUAUUGCCUACGAAUUGCAUUAUGUUAUUUAAUAUGAUGUUACAACACUAAUAUUUCUUUCUGUAAAUAUUAUGUUUUUAUAAUAUACAAAUAUUUAUUAAUUUACACUUAUACGAGUAAAACACUCAAAUGUCAAAAAUAAAAAUGUAACAAUAACCCAAAUCGGGCUUUUAUU